AUAAGCAGCUCUUAUACAGGCGUGGUUCGUCCUGAUUUUACUCCAUCUACAGCUUCUCCACCCAGCAGCUGCUUCCAGACUCUCAUUCUUCACCAUAAACUGACCAUGGUGUUCCAUAAGGAGUUCCAGACUGCAGGAAAACAGCCUGGCCUGCAAGUAUGGAGGGUGGAAAACAUGGACCUUGUUCCCGUACCGAAGCAGCUCUAUGGUAACUUCUACACUGGAGAUGCCUACAUCCUCCUCUACACCACUCCUGCUCCAUCCUAUGCCAUCCACGCUUGGCAUGGGAGCGAAUGUUCUCAGGAUGAGGGUGGAGCUGCAGCAAUCUUUGCUACCCAGCUAGAUGAUUUCCUGGGCGGUUCACCGGUUCAGUUCCGUGAGGUCCAGAACAACGAGUCGCUGGCGUUCCUUGGAUAUUUCAAAUCCGGAGUCAAAUACCAGCAAGGUGGAGUGGCCUCUGGCUUUCAGCAUGUGGUGACCAAUGACAUGAACGUGAAGCGUUUACUGCAUGUUAAAGGACGGAGAGUGAUCCGGGCCACUGAGGUUCCUUUGUCCUGGUCCAGCUUUAACCGUGGGGACUGCUUCAUCAUUGAUCUGGGCAAGGACAUCUUUCAGUGGUGUGGAAGCGAGUGUAACCGGUUUGAGCGUCUGAAAGCAUCCCAGGUGGCCAUCGACAUCCGAGAUAAUGAGCGGAAUGGUCGUGCCAAGCUGCACAUGGUGGAGGAAGCAUCGGAACCUCAGGAUAUCAUAGACGUUCUCGGGCCCAAACCCAACAUUCCUCCAGGAAGUGCUGAUGACGAAGCAGUCGAUCAAGCUAAUAAGAAGGGCACUUUGUACAUGGUUUCUGAUGCUGCAGGCUCUAUGAAGGCCUCGGUGGUGGCUCAGAACAGCCCGUUUAAACAGGACAUGCUGUCUCCCAGUGAGUGUUACAUUCUUGACAAUGGAGUCGAUGGAAAGAUCUUUCUGUGGAAAGGUCCAACAGCCAACGAAUCUGAACGCAAGGCAGCCAUGAGUGCGGCAGAGCAGUUUAUCAAAGACAAGAACUACCCUAAGAACACCCAGAUCCAGGUGAUGCCGGCUGGAGGGGAGACCACCCUGUUUAAACAGUUCUUCAGAAACUGGAAGAAUAAGGAUCAGAGCACAGGCCCCGGAAAAGCUUACACCAUUGGAUCUAUUGCUCAUGUGGAGCAGAUCCCAUUUGAUCCCUCCACCCUGCACUCCAACAAAUCCAUGGCUGCCCAACACAGCAUGGUGGACGACGGCUCGGGCAAGGUGCAGGUGUGGCGCGUUGAGGGUGGAAAAAAGGUUCCUGUGGAUGCCGCCACUAAUGGGCAGUUCUAUGGAGGAGACUGUUACCUGAUCCUCUACUCCUACAAGCAGGGAAGCAGAGAGCAGCACAUCAUCUAUACCUGGCAGGGACUGAAGUGCACACAAGAUGAGUUGGCAGCUUCAGCCUUUCUAACAGUUAAACUUGACGACUCCAUGGGAGGUUCUCCUGUCCAGGUACGGGUCACUCAGGGCCAGGAGCCGCCCCAUCUGAUGAGCCUGUUUAAGGGCAAGCCGAUGAUCAUCUUUUUGGGUGGGACUUCACGUGGAGGUGGGCAGAGCAGUACGGCUAGCACACGGCUCUUCCACAUCCGCCAGAGCUCCACUCGUGCUACACGCGCUGUAGAGGUGGAGGCCAGUGCUACAAAACUGAACACAAACGAUGUGUUUGUGCUGAAGACUCCUGACGCCAUGUUCCUGUGGAGAGGGGUCGGAGCCACGGAGGAGGAAAUGGCAGCUGCCAAAUAUGUCUGCAGCUUUUUGGGUGGCAGCGCUACUGAAGUAGCUGAGGGAAAGGAACCAGCCGGUUUCUGGGCUGCUCUUGGUGGGAAGAAGGAUUAUCAGACCUCCAGCAGUUUGCAGAAGACUGUAAAACCUCCUCGACUGUUUGGCUGCUCCAACAAGACCGGCCGUUUUAUCGUGGAGGAAGUUCCUGGAGAGUUCACUCAGGCUGACCUGGCCACUGAUGACAUCAUGCUCCUAGAUACCUGGUAUCAGAUCUUUCUCUGGAUCGGCAACGACGCCAACGAGGUGGAGAAAAGCAACUCACCUCAAAUAGCUAAACAGUAUGAGGAUUCGGAUCCUGCUGGGCGUAGUGGUACCUCCAUCACCACCAUCAAACAGGGCUUCGAACCUCCAACCUUCACUGGCUGGUUCCAGGCCUGGGACAACAAGAUGUGGAACAAAGGUCCUCUGGAGCGCAUCCGUGCCAAUUUCUAGUCACCUGCACACACACCUGCACAUACACACAUAGUUUGCGUGGCUUCCUGCUAGAACUUUAGUCUCUUGUGGCCUUAGAUGACUGUAGAUUUCAACAGUACAAAAUGCUGAGCAAUUAAUGUACUAUGUAUAAGUUGAACAUAUGCUGAAUAAUGACAUUUAUAAUGAGAAAAAAAUCUAAAAAUAAAGGUUUCAAAACAAAA